CUGGACUGCACUCUGUGCAAGCAGAAGACUCAAGACCUGUUUAAUUGUGUGAUUGACAAGCUAUGAAUUCUGAAUCUCUCCGUGUAGCUCUGAAUGAUGGUCACUUCAUUCCUAUACUGGGGUUUGGAACCACUGUACCUGAGAAGGUUCCUAAGAAUGAACUUAUCAAGGCUAUCAAAAUAGCUAUAGAUGCUGGGUUCCGGCAUUUUGAUUCUGCUCAUUUGUAUGGAAUAGAAGAGGAAGCAGGACAAGCCAUUAGAAGCAAGAUUGCAGAUGGCACUGUGAAGAGAGAAGAUAUAUUCUAUACAUCAAAGCUUUGGAGCACUUUCCACCGACCAGAAUUGGUUCGAUCUGGCUUGGAAACAUCACUGAAGAAAGCUCAAUUGGACUAUGUUGAUCUGUAUAUUAUUCACUUCCCAAUGGCUUUGCAGCCUGGAGCCAAGCUAUUUCCAAGAGAUGAACAUGGAAAUCUGUUGGUGGACCCGGUGAAUCUAUGUGACACAUGGGAGGCCAUGGAGAAGUGUAAGGAUGCAGGGUUGGCCAAGUCCAUUGGAGUAUCUAACUUUAACCGCAGGCAGCUGGAGAUGAUCCUGAACAAGCCAGGGCUCAAGUACAAGCCUGUGUGCAAUCAGGUAGAGUGUCAUGUUUAUCUCAACCAGAGCAAACUGCUGGAGUAUUGUAAGUCCAAGGACAUUGCUCUGGUUGCCUACUGUACAUUGGGAAGUUCACGAGAUCCAUUAUGGGUGGACCAAAGCAGCCCAGUUCUUUUAGAAGAUCCAGUUCUUUGUACCAUGGCAAAGAAAUACAAACAAACACCAGCCUUAGUUGCCCUUCGUUACCUGUUGCAGCGUGGGAUCGUGACACUGGCCAGGAGUUUCAAAGAGAAGCGGAUCAAAGAUAUGAUGCAGGUUUUUGAAUUCCAGUUGACUUCAGAGGACAUGAAAGUCCUAGAUGGUUUGAACAGAAAUUUAAGAUACAAUUCUGGAGAUUAUUUUAAUGGACAUCCCAAUCAUCCAUUUACUGAUGAAUAUUAACAUGGAGGCCCUUGUUUGAAUUCCUACCAGAAGAUCUGUUUAUGCAUCAUGAUAUGAGACAUGACUUGGAUACUGGCCAUUGAACACAUCACUUCUUAUCAGACCUUCUUGUCUCGUCAAUUCACAGUCAGCUAAAGCUAGGUCCCCAGAGCUGUGUGAGAAGUUUGAGAGAUAGCAUCAAGAUGUUUAUCCCAAUGAUUCUUACAUUUUUAAAGAUUCAUUUAUUUUUAUUUUACAUGUGAGUAUCCUACAUGUAUGUGUACCUCAUGAAUAUUUUUGUUCACUGAGGGCAACAGAUCACCUGGAAUUGGAGUUACCAGUGGUUGUGAGUCACCAUAUGGCUGUUGAAAGCCAACUAUGAGUCUUCUGUAAGAGAAGCAAGCCUUUAAACACUGCCAGUUCACCAGGUCCUACCCUAAAGAUUCUUGCCUGCUUCUAUUUCUGUGACUUCAAUGUUUUAUUUCCUUCUGACUCCUUCUGACACCAACCUGAUUUGCCUAGACGUUUUGGACUGAAGGCAUGAGAUGAUGACCGUCAUUUAGUAGACAGCUUUGUGUAGGAGUUAGAAGAAAUUUUAACCUUUAUGGAAUUAACAGUGGCAGAUUAUUGAUAAGCCAAUAUUCCUCAAAUUCUUUGAGAAAGAAGAAAGUACUCUGCAAUUAUCCCACUCUUAGUUUGGAGGUGAGGCACAUCUGGCAAGGGUGACCAAGAGUCGCAGGACUUCCUUCACCAGCCCAAGAACCAGGGCUCUAAGAGCAGGGAGAUAAGAUUUCCCUGUGGGAAGAUUGGGAGGUUGGGAGGUGGGUAAGAAGGGAACUCAUCUGAAAGAGUCAUCAUGACACAGAUGUGAAGACAAAAGAAAGCCAAACAUGACUUAAUUCACAUCAGUGUAAACUCAAUACUCAGCGAGUUUUCUUAGAUUUAAAAAUUGAUUUGUGAAACAUGAUCUUAUGUGCUUAUUAGGUAAACAAGUUAGACUUAUAAACUAUAAAAUAUCUCUAAGAUAUUAAAUUGUGUUAUCAAAUUAAUAUUAAAAGUACACAGCAAUGGUGAGACAAACUCUAUAAACUUUUGAAAAUUAUUUGAAAUACUGUAUUUGACCAGCACAGUGUUUUAAGAAUUGUUAAGUUUGGGCAAUAUCUUUUGCACAAAGAAUAUGUUAAAGAAAUCAUAGAGGAAGGGUGAUGGUGCUGUGCUCAGAGAAGGUCCAGAAGAAUGUGGAGGUAAAUUUUUAAAAAAUUAUCUAUUGAGUUUCAAGGACACAGUUGGACUUAUAUAUUUUGUUAAUAAACAUCUCAAUUAGGAAUUUUUUGAGACAGUUUCUCAUUAAAUACUCCAUGCUCACCCCUCAUUUCCCUCAUUUCUCUAGAAAGCUGAGAUAAAAGGCAUACCACUAUAACUAUAUAUUUGAAGUCUGUUAAAGAAAAGGAAAGAUUAUCAAAAAGCUAUAAAAUCACUACUUAUCCAUUAACUAAUCUAACAAAAUAUGAAUCAAUAACAAUGUAAAAUCCUAUGAAAUGUAUUGUUACAAUGAAGGUGUUAUAAUAUUAUUAAUAAAUGAAAAUAUAUGUUAUAA